AAAAAUAUAUAUAGUACAUUUGCUGGUUAUAUAACAUUAACUAAUAAGUUGUGUGUUCUCUCAAGCACUUAAAAAAAUGUCCUCUCGACUUCUUGCUUCACUCAUUGUAAUCAUUUUGUUGGCUGCUUUUGCCUCCGAUGCCACUCUUCCCUUGUCUGAAGUGGAAGCUCUAAAGGAAAUAGGAAAGUCGUUGGGAAAGAAUGAUUGGAAUUUCAGUGUAGAUCCAUGCAGUGGAGAAUCGGGUUGGGCCAAACACCCUGAUCUUGACUCGUUUCAGAAUGCUGUCAAAUGUGGUAACUGCACCUCCGAUAACACCACAUGCCAUGUUGUCACCAUAGUUCUCAAAGCACUAGAUUUGAGUGGCGUUCUCCCCCGAGAAUUGGUCAAACUCCCUCAUCUCCUAGAAUUUGACAUCUCCAAGAAUUACGUUAAUGGUACUAUCCCUCCAGAAUGGGGUUCCUUGCCACGAAUAAUGCACAUAUCCCUAUUAGGAAAUCGAAUAACAGGUUCAAUUCCAAAAGAAUUAGGAAACAUCACUACACUUGAAAGCAUAGUCCUCGAGUUCAAUCAGCUGCAUGGGCCACUUCCUCAGGAGUUUGGUAACCUUACCCGCCUUGAGAAACUGAGUUUAACAUCGAAUUAUUUUUCUGGGGAGUUGCCGCGAACACUAGCAAAGUUGACCACUUUGAAGGAUUUUCGGAUCGGGGACAACCUCUUUAUAGGAAGCAUACCCAAUUUCAUCCAAAACUGGAUACAUCUUCGAAAUUUAUAUAUCCAGGCUAGUGGUUUGGAUGGUCCAAUUCCUUCUGGCAUUGCUGUUUUGACAAAUAUGAGUGAAUUAAGAAUUAGUGACUUGAAUGGAACUAAAGUAUCUACUUUUCCACCCCUCAAUAACAUGAGAUACCUGCGGACGCUGAUGUUGACAAGUUGUAACAUUAUUGGAAGCUUACCAGAGUAUCUUGGGACAAUGAACAAUUUAACAAUUUUAGACCUCAGCUUUAACAAACUAAGUGGAGAAAUUCCAAAGAACUUCGUCAAUCCAAACGCUUCAAUUUCCAUUUAUUUAAUUGGCAACUUGCUGAAUGGAUCUGUGCCUGACUGGAUGCUGCGUGGGCUGAACCUCAAAGUUGAUCUUUCAUAUAACAACUUUAGCUCAACAAGGAAUUCAAUUUGCCAAGAAAAUGUGAACUUGUUUGAAAGCUCUUCAGAGGACAAUGCUUUUGGAAUUCUUUCUUGCAAUCGUAGCUCUCGUUGUCCACGAUAUUGGUCCUCCUUCCAUAUAAAUUGUGGUGGAAGUGAAGUAGUUGUUGAGGGAAAAACAUAUGAAGAAGAUACAAAUUCAGCAGGGUCUUCAAGGCUUUUCAUAAGCCAAACUAAUUGGGCAUUUAGCAUCACUGGUGACUUUUUGUUUGAUCAUCGCCCUUUAAAGACAUACAUUUGGACAAAUACUUCGAGGCUCUCUAUGAAGAAUUCCGAGUUGUACAUGAAUGCACGACUUUCUCCUCUAUCCCUGACUUACUAUGGUUUUUGUCUACAAAAUGGAAACUAUACUGUAAGCCUUCACUUUGCAGAGAUCAUGUUUACUAAUGAUAAAACAUAUGCCAGCCUUGGAAGACGCAUAUUUGAUGUUUACAUUCAGGGAAAGCGGGUGCUGAAGGAUUUUAAUAUUGAACAUGAAGCAGGUGGGGUUGAUACGGAAACCAUAAAAAAAUUUACGGCAGAAGUGAAUAAAAGCACAUUAGAUAUACGAUUCUAUUGGGCAGGAAGAGGGACAACCUCGAUCCCUUUCAAAGGAGUAUACGGUCCUCUUAUUUCAGCCAUUUCUGUGAAUCCUAAUUUUGAUCCAUUAGAGAAUAGGAGUAAUGCAUCUGCAUCAGGAAAGGGAAAUACUAUAUCUGCAGGCAAUAUAGUUGGAAUUGUGGCUGGAGUAGUAUUUGCUAUCUUCCUAAUGCUGGGUAUUCUUUGGUGGAAAGGAUGUCUACAACACAAUAAUACGAUGGAACAUGAUCUGAAGGGUCUAGACCUACAUACUGGUUCAUUUACCUUAAGGCAAAUUAAAGCUGCCACAAAGAAUUUUGAUGUUGCUAAUAAGAUUGGAGAGGGUGGUUUUGGUCCGGUGUACAAGGGCCUUUUAUUGGAUGGCACUAUGAUUGCUGUGAAACAGCUUUCUUCCAAAUCAAACCAAGGAAAUCGUGAGUUUGUGAAUGAGAUAGGCAUGAUUUCUGCCUUACAGCACCCUAAUUUGGUAAAGCUCUAUGGAUGUUGCAUUGAAGAAGAUCAACUGUUGCUAGUAUAUGAGUACAUGGAAAACAACAGCCUUGCUCGUGCUUUGUUUGGACCUGAAGAACACCGGUUAACACUAGAUUGGCCAACUAGGAACAGGAUCUGUAUUGGUAUUGCAAAAGGUUUGGCUUAUCUACAUGAAGAAUCAAGACUGAAGAUUGUCCACAGAGACAUCAAGGCCACUAAUGUGUUGCUUGAUAGAAAUCUUAAUCCUAAGAUAUCCGACUUUGGUCUUGCAAAGCUUGAUGAAGAAGAGAAUACCCACAUAAGCACUCGGAUUGCGGGAACUUAUGGGUAUAUGGCACCUGAAUAUGCAAUGUGGGGUUACUUAACUGACAAGGCGGAUGUUUAUAGUUUUGGAGUUGUGGCCUUAGAAAUUGUUUGUGGGAGGAGUGCCACUGGUAGUUAUAGGAGAAAGGAGGAUUUCAUUAAUCUUCUUGAGUUGGCACUAGACUUAAAAGAGAAAGGGAAUUUGAUGGAGCUAGUGGAUCCGAGGUUGAAAUCAGAUUUCAACAAAGAACAAGUGAUGGUGAUGCUUAAUGUAGCUCUGCUAUGCACUAAUGCCAUAGCAACAAUUAGGCCUACGAUGUCUUCAGUGGUAAGCAUGCUCGAAGGCAAAGCCGAGGUUCAAAGUUUUUCAAUUGAUGGAAUAGAGCCCGAGAAGACAGAUAAUCGGUUCCAAUACAGCCCUGAAAUGAGCACGAGUGACAGCCAUUGCCACGGUGUCUCAACUGAUAGGCCAUGGACUGACACCACAUCUACCUCUGAUCUUUACCCACUCAAUUUGAGUUCUCAAUGGCAAAUGAGAGAUUGAAGUGUUUGUUACACAUCCUCUCAAUUGUUUUUGCAUAUGUAUAGACAUUGCAGUUGUAUGUCCAUUUUGUUAUGUUUUUCUGACUACUAUUUUUUUUCUCUCUUUACUUUCUUAGUGCUUGAAUCCAUAUGAAUGCAUGUCAGACUCUGUAAAGCAAGAGUCGGUUAUUUUAGAUUCUUUGUUUUUGGUCCAA